GUUUGAGUUCCUGUUUACAAAACAAAUAUAUUUAAAGUGAAUUCGGGUGCUUAUUUUUCCUCAAGAACAAAAAUUUGUUACUGGAUGCUUUGUGAGUUAAUAAUUCGUUAAAAUGCAUACUUUAGCGUACAAACACAAAAAUGCUCAUGAAGAUAGCAUUUGGUCAUGCGAUUGGGGUAUAGUAAGCUAUACAAAACCAAUCGAUCGAGAUGAUUUAGAUAAAGGUGACGAAUCUGAUGAUGAAUUACAAGAAAUGUCAACUGAUUGUAUUGUAACUGGUUCUAUCGAUGAGACUGUAAAAGUUUGGAAUUAUGAUAAAGCAACGAAUCUGAACCUUGACAAAAGUCUUAGUGAACCAACGUUGGGAAUUAUAUCUGUAGCCUUAAAUUCAGAUUCUUCAAUAAUUGCAUCUAGUGCACUAGAUGCGUCUUUAAUGCUUUGGAGAACAAAAACGGGAGAAAAAAUUAAAUCGUUUUCAAUUGGUCCAGUUGAACUAUGGACAAUUGCAUUUUCACCAGAUGACAAUUACAUCAUAUCUGGUAGUCAUUCUGGUAAAAUCAACUUAUUUGGUGUUGGAACUGGGAAACAAGAACAAACAUUUGAUACUAGAGGAAAAUUCACGUUAAGCAUAGCUUAUAGUCCUGAUGGCAAGUAUAUAGCUAGUGGUGCUUUAGAUGGCAUCAUUAAUGUAUUUGAUGUAUUAUCUGGAAAACUCACUCAUACUCUUGAAGGGCAUGCUAUGCCAAUUCGAUCUUUAUGCUUUUCAUCUGAUUCAAAAUACUUACUGACUGGAGCAGAUGAUGGUCAAAUGAAAAUUUAUGCAGUUCACCAUGCUGAAGUGUUAGGCACUGUAUCUGGUCAUGGUUCAUGGGUUUUAAGUGUUGAUUUUUCCCCAGACUGUAAAAGUUUUGUUUCUGGCAGUGCAGAUAACACUGUUAAAGUUUGGGAUUUAGCCAAUCGUAGUUGCUUAAAUACAUUAAAAGAACAUACGGAUAAAGUGUGGUGUGUCAAAUACAAUCCGACUGGUGAUAAAAUGGUUUCAGUUUCUGAAGACUCAUCAAUUAAUAUAUAUACAUCACCUUAAUUUAAUUUUAGGUAAUUAUAAUUUGUAUGUAAUCUAUUAUAUAUAUAUAUAUUACAAAUAACUGUAAAUAAUUGUUAUAUAUUGUCAUCGAAUAUUAGUUUACUCAGUGGUAUUUUAAAUUUUUAAUUUAUAAUAAAAUGUUCAACUUCAUUUUCAAAUGUGUAUAAUUAACAUUGAUAUUGAUUUUUUACUCUUGAAUUGAAAUAAAAAUAAAAAAUAAAUGGAUUUAUUAAAUCUAA